GCUCCACGAACAGGGCCAUCUUUGGUCGUCCUCGCCGGUGACAGUGUGGACAGUUUUAUUCCAUUGGCCACUAAUACCUGAUGAUAAAUAAAUAACAAUUUAACCUUGAACGAGCCGUUUUUAAAGCACUCGCGCAGAGAAAAGGGAGUCAAAACCCCCCCGUUUUCCUGUGGAUUCACUGGAGAUUUUUCUUUUUUCCCCUCCGAUACCCUUCAUUUCUCAAGGCAAAAAGAGGGCGAGACGGGAGAGGCGGUGAUACAACAUGGAUGAGGAAUAUGAUGUGAUCGUUUUGGGCACCGGACUCACAGAAUGCAUUCUCUCCGGGAUCAUGUCUGUGAAUGGGAAAAAGGUGCUGCACAUGGACAGGAACCCCUAUUAUGGUGGCGAGAGCUCCUCCAUCACCCCUCUGGAGGAGCUGUACAAGCGCUUCAAUCUUCCAGAUAGCCCGCCCGAGUCGAUGGGCAGAGGAAGGGACUGGAACGUUGACCUCAUCCCCAAGUUUCUCAUGGCCAACGGUCAGCUUGUGAAGAUGCUGCUAUACACAGAAGUGACACGGUACUUGGACUUUAAAGUCGUGGAGGGAAGCUUUGUCUACAAAGGAGGAAAGAUCUACAAGGUGCCGUCAACCGAGACUGAGGCACUAGCUUCAAAUCUGAUGGGAAUGUUUGAGAAGCGAAGGUUUCGGAAGUUCUUAGUCUUUGUGGCCAACUUUGACGAGAAUGACCCCAAAACCUUUGAGGGCGUGGACCCCAAAACCACAACAAUGAGGGAUGUUUACAAGAAGUUUGACCUCGGCCAAGAUGUCAUUGACUUCACCGGCCACGCCCUGGCCCUCUACAGGACAGAUGACUAUCUUGAUGUUCCCUGUUUGGACACGGUCAAUCGUAUCAAGCUGUACAGUGAAUCGCUGGCUCGGUACGGGAAGAGCCCCUACCUCUACCCCCUAUACGGUCUGGGAGAGCUGCCGCAGGGAUUUGCCAGAUUGAGUGCAAUCUAUGGAGGGACCUACAUGCUGAACAAACCAGUGGAUGAGAUCGUGAUGGAAGGUGGCCAUGUGAUUGGAGUGAAGUCCGAGGGCGAGGUUGCUCGUUGUAAGCAGCUCAUCUGUGACCCCAGCUACAUCGCAGACCGCGUCCGCAAGGCGGGUCAGGUGAUCCGUGUGAUCUGCGUCCUCAGCCACCCCAUCAAAAACACUAAUGACGCCAACUCCUGCCAGAUCAUUAUUCCUCAGAAUCAGGUUAACCGCAACUCAGACAUCUAUGUGUGCAUGAUCUCCUAUGCUCACAACGUGGCCGCCCAGGGGAAGUACAUCGCCAUCGUCAGCACCACAGUGGAAACCAGCGAGCCCGAGGCUGAGAUAGAGCCGGCUCUGGAGCUGCUGGAGCCCAUAGACCAAAAGUUUGUGGCCAUUAGUGACCUUUAUGAGCCCACAGAUGAUGGUACUGAAAGCCAGGUCUUCGCCUCGAGGUCCUACGAUGCCACCACUCACUUCGAGACAACUUGCAACGACAUCAAAGACAUCUACAAACGUAUGACCGGGAGCGACUUUGACUUUGAGAACAUGAAGCGCAAACAGAACGACGUGUUUGGGGAGGAUGAGCAGUGAGCGGGUAGAGGGGCUUCAGAGAGAGGGCGGGGCCGGGAGAGGAGGCGGGGCGAAAAAGGGGCGAAAAGAGGCGGCAGAGCCUGCGGUAGAGGGCCUGGGCUGCCUGGGCAGUCCUUUAAAAAACAAACGGGUGGGAGCGUGGCGGAGAGAGGGUGUGUGUUGCUGGGCUCUGCCGGCCCUCUGCUGUUUGCCUCCUUUUCCUUACGUCCCUCUCUCUCUUGACACAAACACAUAAAUGCUCACAAACACAAACACACACACACACACACACACACACACACACACGCUGUUCAAAUACUCACACUCCUUAUCUCUGUCACUGAAAAGCAGGGUUGAUACGGUCUUUCAUUCCAUUGUAGAAUUUACAGUAUAAUCAUGUCUUAACUAUUAUCAUUAGAGGUGAAUUUAUUACUUGUUGUUGGCGAUUUUCAAAAGCAUUUCAUUCUUUCUGUGACGUCUUUCUCCUCAUAUCAGAGGUCGGGCGGAAGAUUGAUAGCAGCGAGAGGCGUGAACGGCGAGCUCUGACAUGAGAGAUUUGUAAUGGCUUAGUGUAGAAUCCUCUGGAAGGGUCACCUCCAGUUGACAUGCAUGCAUCUUUUACACACAGUAGUAUUGUACAUAGACUCAAAUCGACACUGCGGUAUGACGGCUGGACCAUUCCACACAUCGCUCCUGUCAACCCUGCUUUCACUUUUCUCUUACUUGGUCUUUUACCUGUGUUUUCGUCAAAAGACGCCGCUCCUUUUGGCAAAAUCUGUUGGUCAGGCAAAAAAAAAUGUGAUGAAAAAUUACAUAUAAAUGGGCUGUUCUGUCAACUGAUAGUGCUCACUUUGCAAUGCUGUUGUGUUCCCUGUGCUAGCAGGCAAGCUAACCAGUGGCUAUUAACUGUCACCCCCAACCCAAACCACCCACCCCCCCGAAAAAAACUGUUCGUUUAUCUCUGUUGCGUAAUGUCAAUUUUGAAUUUUAAUAGUUUACUUUCUAACAUUUUAAAUUAUUGAAGAGUUUUAUUUCUAUAUAUUUGGUGCACAUUUCACUGGCUGAAGUUAUGAAGUUUACAGAUCUGAGGUUGAAACUGUGGUCUUCAAGUUGAAUAAAAAGGGAAGCAAAAGAGGCACGGAGAGGAUUUUUCUAGUGUUAGGAGGGGCUUUCUAUUAAGUAUUCUGGAAGAGUGAGGAAAAUAAAAUUAAUGACGGCUUGUUGAGAUGCGAGGAAGUGAGGCAGUGCGGGAAAAGAAUGUAUGUGGGAAAUGUUUUUGGUUUGUGGAAAGUUUCACUUUUUGAGUGAAGAGGGUGAAGACUGAAAUUUUGGCUCAUAGUGAAAGCACCAGAUUGUGUCUUGGUUGUUUCAACCCUUGUGUAUGUGAUUUAGGUAAAGCAUUCCCCCCUUAGGGACAAAAAAAAAUAAAAUGAAGUUGUUAAAUAAGCUGGAUACUCCCAUAACUUUAAAAGACUUUGUAGCAAAGGUGUGAAGCCACAGAUGAAGGUGUGCCCCGCAAGAACGAACCAAGAUGCUUUUAUUUGGUUGUAGCCUUAAUUUGGGGUCUUAUUCAAACGUUUUUAAACUGCUUUAUGUUAACUAACCAUUAGAGGCAGGUCAGUCUAGUGCCAAAAACGCUGUUGCUGUUAUUGGCAAAAGUUGCUGACGAUGUUUAAAGUGCAGUUUGGUAGUGUGCGUUGCUCUGCAGAUGUGAUUGUAUGCUACAGAAGGGAUAUUGUUUUCUAUCAGGGCUGUUACUGUACACCUGAGUGUAGAUCUCUGCAGUGCACGCUCACUCACAGCCAGAUUGAUUCUGUGGCUUGUUUCACAUCAACAACAAACAGAUGAGAUGCCCUGAUUGCUUCCUCUAAAAACACUCGAGCAUCUCACUUUAUCUCCACCACGACGAAUCCCUUAGCAGCUCUAAACAAAGUUAUCGUGCGUUUGGGGUGUUAUCUUACUGUUAUGCUCUAUUUAUUUGAAUUUCACUGAUGUAUUGUGAGAAGGUUUAUGUCAAAAUGCUGAAUAUGCUAUGCUAUUAGAUUAUGUUCUGAUGAUAAUAAUGGAUCUUAAAAAGUGAUGCACACAGAAAUUAUUUUGUUUUUGUUUGUUAUUUGCUGUGUCAUGUGUUACGUUCACCUUAUUCAGUGAUCAUUCCAGUGCUGCAUCAUGAUUUAAAUAUGAUUAUUACCAUUCCUAAGAAACAGGUUUUGAUGGAAGGAUAACAGCAACAGUCAGUCAGUGGUGGAGCUGAAAAAUCUAUACAGCUGUGUGUUCACACUGUGCGUCAUUCAACAUUGUGUGUGGUCUUAAUCCUGGAAACAUGUUUAUCUGAUAAAAACUGGAAUACUGUUUACUCUUUGAACAUAUCUGAAGCCCUCCCUCCCCUGCCCUUCCUCAGCAUCAGAUACUGUCCUCUCUCCCUUUUUUAAUUUAUUGAAAACAAAAGCCUCGUGUGGUUGUACUGUUUUAAUUCUCAUCCAGUUUCGGCCUUUUUGGAAACCACUAUUGACAAUAUCCCUUUGAAAAUUGACAAAAGAAAUAGUUGAGGCUGAGUAGUAGAAAACUUACUGUCCUUGUUUGAUCACUAGUACGUGAGCAAUGCCUAAUGUCUUGUGUAACAAAUAAAAUGAAUUAAACUAUGAAUGAAAUGAUAGAAAAAUAAAAAGCACAUGGCAAACCUGGAAA